AUGGGAAAGGCUCAGAAGCUGGCUCGUAAGGGGGCGACUAUCCCUGGGGCUACCCUGCUUAACAAAACCCCAAGCAACAAACCUAUGCAUGUCAUUGCCCUCAAAGAUUUCAUCAGUCUGGCAGACCACAUCGCUGCGUCGACCAAGCCCGUUGCCAAGGUGCCCGCCACUUUCGCCUCUGUCCUUGACCAGGCCAUCGCGGUGCGCCGAGACCAUGGGGUCCACGCCGAAGCGCAGCUGGCACCGGGCCCUGAAUCCCAAGAGUCCCUGGAGAGACACAAUUAUUUCAUUGGCGUCCUGGAGCAUGUUCGGCAGGUGCUGCGACCGCGAAUGUCAAGUGAUACCAUCAAGGACCGCUUGACACAGCCCCCUGGCACGGUAGAAAAAGACAGCAAAGUCAGCAACCUGGCCAACCGCUUCGCCGGGCUUGAUGUGGAGGAGCCGUCCGAGGCGUUCUUGCAGGCUCCGGAUGUGGUCAUUCCAAUGCCCGCUGGCGCCCGGACUGAUGUUGAGUACGAAGCUGAGCGCCCGCCGGACUUUGAAGAAGCGUACCUCGCCUUUGAGCGUCUGCUCCAGGACACACGGAAGAUCCGUCGCGUUCUGCAGGAGACGUGGGAGGGGUACCGACGCGGCAUGUUCGAUCUUGUCUCUGCGACGCUGACAACCAAUUGCGCUCUCGAUCUUGUCCAACACAUGGAAGGGCAGAUUGGACCGCUUUUGGAGGCGCAUGGUGGGACAAAGACCUUUCUCGGCAGGGUAUAUCCAGCCAUGUGUGUGGUUGAGGGGGCAGACCCGAAAGUCCGCGAGAGGCCCGAUGACCCAAUCAAUUUCCGAACGUACAAGCUCGCCGAGUCUCUCUUCAUACCUACAAAUAUGUGCCAUGCCUCGUUUCGCGCCAUUGUUGAAAAGGGCAAUAGACGCCAGAUCCUCCCGUACAAGGCGGACUCUUACGGCAAAUAUGACCCGACCAGCGAUCGGUCGGAGAAAAGCCCUCGGGGCAAGUUCCUCGAGGACGAACAGAUCAUGAUGGAGAUGCUUUCCGAGUUCCUCUACUUGCAACGCCUCGUGCCCUCACGAGGACCACACGAGGAUGGAAUCACCCGGGGAAUGCGCCAGAUGUUCGACGCGCACGAGAUUCCGUUGUCGCUCGUCUUUGGCUCGCAGAUCCUCCUCGAUAUUCAUAUCACCCUACGCGCGCAUGUGGAGAAGGGGCUCGACGACCCCGCGACCUACGCUGAUGUGAUCAAAAACUCUAUCAAGGUCAAUCAAGACUUUCACUCGAAUCUCCGGAUAAAUACAUGCCCAAAGUCGAACGACAGGGCGUUCAAGGUGCUGCUUGAUUACAUGACCUCCUGGAUCGAUGUCGAUUUCACGCAAUCGACAAAGGAAAAGCUCAAUGUCUGGUAUCCAUCUGAGAGAAACAAGCUCCUAAGAUGGCAUCCUCUGCUCUGCGGACUAUGGACAUAUAAUCUCAAAGCACACUUCCAGGGUCUCGGAAUCACAUUACAAGGCGCAUGGGGGUCUGUGAUGUACACCGCCCACCUGUACAAUGCUCUUUGCUCGGAAAGACUGCUGUCAAAGCGAUGGGUCGACAUGGACCUGGUCCUGACGUGGCACGAUGAGAUUUUCGUCGGCAAGCCACCCCGCAGUCCCAAGGACUACCUCCGAAACUUCUGCCUCAACAUGGGUUACUCUGCGGCUGCCUUCGCGCCGAACCGAAGAUAG